AUGGCUAAUAAUGGUUUUAAUAUUGAUUUUACAAAAGAAAUUCAAGAACUUGAACAACAAUUUAAUUUAAAUACUUUCCUUCCUUUGGAUAAAUUAAUUGCCUGUAGUAGUCGAAAACGUAAGCACCUACCCAGGGCUCAAAAUACAUUUUUACUUUUUUGGAAAGAUUUAAAUGCUUUCUUGCGUUCUUCAAAUAUAAAAAUUGGUGAUAUUUCCAACCUCACCAGUAAAAUAUGGAAAAAUGAAAAUUUUACUUAUCAGUUAUGGAAAGAAAUUAUUAUUGAUGAAAUAAACCCAUUUUACAAAAAACUUUCAAAAAUCGCAAAGAUG